UGCCGUUCGGAUUUUGGGACGCCUUUUCUUCUGGCGCAGCUUUUUUUUUCUUUUUAAGCAAAGAUCAUUCAUCCCUCGAUUAAAAAAAAAAGGUUAUCAUGAGUGAUCAAGAAGCUGCGGUUCCUUCUUCUGGAUUGUAUACCUGUAUAUCAUGUCAAGUUGCAUUUCAGUCGGCUGAUAGUCAGAGACUUCAUUAUCGAUCUGAUUGGCAUCGUUACAAUUUGAAGCGUAAAGUGGCGAAUUUGCCACCGAUCAGCAACGAACAGUUUCAGUUGAAAGUCAAUGCAAAGCAGGAAGCCGAGACUCGAGUUACGGAGACUCAACAGUUCAAGGGCUACUGUGACGUUUGCAGAAAAUCCUUUGCCACCGAGAAUACUUACAACAAUCAUGUGCAAUCGAAGAAACAUAAAGAAAUGGAGGCCAAAAAUGCCAAUCGUGUCAAGGCACCUGCAGCAAAAGAAAAGGAAAAAAUCGAGCGAGAAAGCCCGAUCGAUCUUACAAUUACUGAUGAAACCACUGAAGAAGAAAUGUUGGCGAAAAUCGAUGAAAAAAUCAAGUCGGCAAAACGCUUGGAAGAAACCGAUUGUCUUUUCUGUACUCAUAAAGCCGAAACAUUCGAGGAUAACAUGACCCAUAUGACGACCACACACAGCUUUUUUAUACCCGAUAUUGAGUUCUUGGUCGAUUUACGAGGAUUGGUGCGAUAUCUAGGCGAAAAAAUCAGUGUCGGUAACCUGUGUUUAUACUGUAACGGCAAAGGUCGAGGAUUACGGUCGCUUGAAGCUGUUCGGGCCCAUAUGAUUGACAAGGGACACUGCAAGAUUGCGUAUGAAGAAGAUGACGAUGCGGCUGAACUAGUCGACUUUUACGAUUUCUCUUCGUCCUACCCGCAAUUGGAUGGCGAGGAAGUGGAUGCGGAUGCCGAUUUGAGUGCAUUAACACAAUCCUUGCAACUGGCAGAUGACGAGAUGUCCCUGGUACUCCCAAGUGGUGCGAUCGUGGGGCACCGCGCGCUCAAGCGUUACUAUGAUCAGAGCUUGAAACCCGAAGAGACGCGAGACUCUGUAUUAAUUAACAAGCUGAUUGGCCAGUACUCAGAAUCUAAUGUCUAUCAAUCCCUUCGAUCGUCGGGCAACAGACGCCUAUUGAUUACGGACGGGCGUAAGGCUAAUGUGCGACAUACCGAAGCGUUCAAGGAUGCUCGCGUUCACGAUGAGUACCGAACACGGGUGGGAAUUCAGUCCAACAAGCUGCAAAAAUACUUUAGAAUACAGAUCAUCUAGAAUAGUCGACCGUUACAAAAAUAUAUAUCAUUAUUUUCAUGCAUUAUGCUUUAUUCAUUCUCGGAAAAACUGUUGCAUUAAACAUAUUGAG